GUGUGUUAAAAAUCCAUGACAUUGCGCCACCUAUUUGCAAGCAAGUCAUCCGAUCGACUGUGUGGCGCUGUUCUGAAAUUCUGUUUGAGGUUUUGUGUGUACGAAAACAGACAUCAAAUAUCGGUCAAUUCUCCAAUUCAAAGAUUGAUGAGCCAGCCUAGAAUGGGUGAUAACCAGUCAACGUUGCAGUCUGGAACAGGCGAGGGGCGCAAGGUCCUCUCCCCCAAGAAAAUUCCCAUCACAAAUGACUAUGUACUAACCAAGAAAGUUCUAGGCCUAGGAAUCAACGGAAAAGUACUGGAAUGCCACAAUAAACUCACAGGGGAGAAGUAUGCAUUGAAGGUAUUACGUGGAAGUGCGAAAGCCGAACGAGAAGUUGAAUUACACUGGAGGGCGUCGGCUUGUAAACAGAUAGUCAAUAUUAAGGAUGUGUACGAGAACAUUUACAAUGGUACACGAUGUCUUCUCGUAGUUAUGGAAUGUAUGGAAGGUGGAGAAUUAUUCAGUAGGAUACAAGAAAGGGCAGACACAGCAUUUACAGAAAGAGAAGCGGCACAAAUUAUAUCCGACAUUGCAAAGGCUGUUCACUACCUUCACAACAUGAACAUCGCACACAGAGACCUGAAGCCAGAGAAUCUCCUGUUCAAAGACAAAGGUGCUAAUUCGGUUUUAAAGUUAACAGAUUUUGGUUUUGCAAAGGAGACGACAUCGGCAACAAGCUUGCAGACUCCAUGCUAUACCCCCUAUUAUGUUGCUCCUGAAGUUCUUGGCCCGGAACGGUAUGAUAAGUCAUGUGACAUGUGGUCUCUCGGAGUUAUCAUGUACAUCCUAUUAUGUGGUUUCCCACCAUUCUACAGUAACCAUGGAAUGGCAAUCUCACCCGGAAUGAAGAAAAGGAUCCGAAAUGGCCAGUACGAGUUCCCAAAUCCUGAGUGGAGCCAGGUCUCAGAAGAGGCAAAGAAUAUCAUUAGAAAGUUACUUAAAACCGACCCAACGCAGAGACUAACCAUCACAGAGUUUAUCAACCACCCAUGGGUCCAGAGGUUUGAUGAGGUUCCACAGACACCACUGCACUCUGCCAAAGUGUUGAAAGAGGAUAGCGAACAAUGGGCAGAUAUUCAAGACGAGAUGACUAAUGCAUUAGCCACGAUGCGAGUCGACUACGACCAAAUCAAAAUUAAAAACGUAUCUGAAUCAUCCAAUCCACUCUUAAUGAAACGAAGGAAAAAGGAAGCAAAGCAAAAUAAGAAGUAGUGAAAAAAAAAGUAAUUGGAUGUUUUAAAAUAUAGAAAGUAUAUCAGUUACUAAUUUUCUCUACCUCUGCACUUUGCUGUUAAGUGGUUGCUAUGUUAUGCUUUUUUGCAGGAUUGUGUUCCGAGCAUGCUCAGAACAAUGUCGCUAAGUAGAGUUAUUCCGUAAAGUUGUAUAAAUAAAAACUAGAGUGUGUCCUGCUUGUACAGCAUAUGUAAUCCCACUGUACCGAAAUGGCAGCGAUUUGCAACACUUUGUUGCUACGUGGUGGCCAUGUUUCCUUUAUUGCAAGACAAUGUUCUAAGCAUGCUCAGACCAGUGUUGCUAUGUAGAGUUAUUCCAUAAAGUUGUAUAGAUAACAACUAGAGUGUGCACUGCUAGUACAUCGUACGUAAUCCCGCUGUGCCGACAGGGGCUGCGAUUUGUCAUUACCCUACCUAGCCAUGAAAAAAAAAAACCAGACGUUUUUUGAUCAUAUGAUGCAAUAAGAGAUCUUCAGAAGUUAUGCAACUUAAACUCUUGGCAUACCUUUUGUAUACUUGUUAGAAUUCUGUAAGGGUGUAUGCAUUGUACUAAUGGCAAAUCGUUUUUCAUGUGUUGUUACAGCCCAGUGGAUGGACGUGCACUCUGUUUCUUCUUCACAACUGUAUGGUGUAUUCAAAUUGUUAUCUUUCAUAUUUUCAAAAGUUCCUAAAACUGAUCUACAAAAAUCUUCAUGAUAAUAUUCCUACCCUUAAAAAAAAAAUCGGUAAAAAAAAAAGCAUGAUUUGUUAUUAACUACCACUUUUUAGCAAUAAAUUUUAUUUUUAAAUAUUAAAGAUUCUAAUCCCGCAGAAAAUGUUAUAUUUCUUGUCAACUGAUUGACAAGGAAUUGUGAACUAAAAGUUUUUUGAAGGCAAGGUCAUGGUGGGGUCAGUCGUUCUAUCCCAUCUCCAACCUUCUGUUAGUUGCUUGCUAGCAUUAAAAGCAGUAUAGUUCAUGAAUAAUGAAAACACUAGACUCGUGGAUCCAGUUGUAAUUGCACCUAAUAUCCAAGCACAAUCUCAUCUGGAUUUUCAUUAUACAACAGCUGCUGCAUUAAGUCUAGUGUGCAGUAAUCAAUGUUAGCUUUAUUCCAAAUAGGAAAUCCUAAGAAUAAUGUAUAUGAAAUAUUUUUAUCGAUAUUUUAACUAUAUGUUGCAAAAAAUUUUUUUAUUGAUUAUUCUUUUUAAAUAAACUGUAAUCGUGAACUUUUAUUAAAUAGUUUUAUUGCCUUUUAUCAAACGUUUAUGGAGCACGAUCCUGUCCUUAAUGAAGUCCGGAACAAUUUAUCUUGUCAACAAUUUUAUGUAAACAGACUUUAUAAAGGAUGGGAAGAUAAGGAAAAUGGAAAAACGUGUAAAUCAUUUUCUGCAGUACAGGAUGAGUUUUUGUUGAGCUGAUAGAGAAUGCGUGCACAGGUACCAUCCGUGUAACAUGAUGGCGGUCGACAUGUCUUAGAACCACCCUGCGGUAGUGAUGCUUUGAUUUUGGUUGGUUUGGUUACAAAGAGUAAUCAAGCUUUCUGUAAUCCUUGUAAACAGCAGAUCUAAGAAAUGUAGAUUGUUGUUCAAAGCAAUUUUAUUUCCGCACUAUACCCGAUUGGUACUUAGUCUCCAACAUGACCUUAACUCAAAAUAGAUGAUAUUCAACAUACACAUACAAACACACUUUUCACAAACAUUGGCAUUGUGCCAGUUUAUUAUGCAUAUUCAUUAAUUAUGUAAAUGAUCAUAUUGAUCAGAGGAAAUUAUGACAGGUAAUUAACAUAAUGCUUUUGUGUCUAAAAUAAACUUAUAAUUAUUUUCAAAAAGCAAAUUCUUUGUCGUAAUAUAAAUUAGAAACGUAUGAAAAAGAUUUUCUGAUGUUGAUCAUGAUUUAAAAAAUUGUGUGUUUUCAUUAGCAUAAUAUAGUUUGUGUAUUGUAUUAUUACGUAGGUGCACAUGAUCUUAAAAUUGUUAAUUUGAUAUUUAUUUAAAUUAAUUUGAUAACUAUUGUAAUUAAUAAUUGACAUAUUUAUCGUGUUUAAUUUUUAACAUCUGUCAAAGUUGAUUGUUUACCACUGUAAUUAUUUGGUAUCGCAUGUUUGUAUGUGUUAUUUGAUUUAUCAUGAAAAUAAUCCUCAUAUGGUUUUGAUAUGUAAAAGUUUUCAAUUAGAAUAAUUUGUUCACAAGUAUGUUUCAGAUAAUUGUCAUUAUUAAAACAAGUGUUUGUUUGCUAGGUUGUAUAAGUAUUACCAAUUUUUUAUUUACAAAAUUUUACCUCUUAUUGCAAAGUAAGUUUUCUUGCAGCAGAAACCACUGUAUUUUGUGAUAUUGCCACCAUUAUUCAGUACAAAGCACAACAAAUGGAGAAAAGAAAUAAGUAUGGGCUGCAAGAGGAUUCGAACCAGAAACAUCCGGAGUAUUAGCAGUGAAAGCAUUAAAAUUAAAAUUAUAUUGAGAUUCAAAAUAAAUAUGAAACCAGUUAAGUACCCAACACAAUUAAAAAUUAUGUUUCAACAAAACCAACAGCAUACAUCUCUAAACAUGAUAACUAAUACAGUAUACUGAACUAUAAUAAAUAAUUUUUUUGGCUAUUACAUAAAUAUUGCGAUUUGAGCAGAUGUCAAUAUCCGGUAUGCGCACAUUAUUUUAAUGUGUGCAAAUUAUUAUUAUUAUUAUAAAAUGCGCACAUUAUUAUAACGAUAUGUGCACAUUAUUAUAACGAUAUACGUACAUUAUUAUAAUGAUAUGCACUUAUAUCCACAUAUUAUAAUGAUAUGCACUUAUAUUCACAUAUCUGUAUGUGGACAUUGUAUCAUGAGGUUCGUGACUUAUUUUGUUGUGGAGGGUCACAUAUUUUUUCAGUAUAAUAAUUUUAUGUCAAGAUGUUCUAAAGAUCUUGGUCUGUAUAAUUUGUAAAAAAUCCUAAUAGUAAAUAAGGUUGAAAUUUUAUUAAUUUAUUUUACUUUUGUUAUUCUUUAUUUCAACUUUUGUUCACUUUUUUAGUACCGGAAUAAGCAUUUUUUCUGUGACAAUGUAUAUGUUUGGUAUUCUUUGCAAGAUAAUUUUCUUUUUUUAUAAAUUUAUUGUGAUGUUUAAUUCCUAAAUCUAUAUUUUUUCUGAUCUUGUGUAAAUUGAAUCCAGGAAGAGGUCUACAUUGCUUGCCUAUUUAAACAUUUAUAUGAUAAACUGAUAUGAGCCAACUGCAAAUUAAUCUUACUAGCCCAGUAAAUAUCACAAGGUUAAAUUUAAAUAAUCAAGAAUCUGAAAUAGACAUAUCGGUUUCCCUUGCAAAACUACUUGCAGCAAAUUUGCAUGCCCAAUUUUUUGUCUGUCAGAUAAAAGGUAAUGCGUUUGAUCAGAUUAUUUAGUUUGAUGGACAAAAGUGUGGGAGUGUCUUAAUAACGUACAAUCUUAAUACCAAAUAGUGAUUUGGUUAGUGAUAAUUUACUAAAAAAACACUUCAGCACAAAAACCUAAUAAGGUGAACUGCUGAAAUCAUUUUUGAGUAAUACAAGCCUGUUUUGUAUUCUGUUACCUGCAAUGGUUGAUACAAUGCAUGUUGGCAAGACUUGAUAGCUUAAGAUAUACACUUAUGUUUACUGUACAUUGAUGCUUUUAUACAAGGAUGUAAACCGAGAUGUAUUUUGAUUCGAUGUAUCCGUCUUUACCCAUCAUGCAUCAUGUUAAUGGAUAAUGCUGGACAUCAUAUUUUUGUCGGUCAAACUUGAAAGUAGUCUUGGUUUUAAGACAAAGAAAGCCACAGAAUUUGUUUGAUCAGAUAUCUGAAACUAUUAUCUUCAGAGUCUGAUCAAACAUUUUGAGUCUGACAGACAAAUAUAUAUAGUGUACUUGGCUUAAGAAGUCACUUUGAUACAUCCCUCAAAAAAUGUACAUACAGCAUUUAUAAAUUUCUAAAAAUAAGACCAAGAUCAGUCUUCCCUUCAUGCAUUGUUACGUUGAAUUCCCAAACAUUAAUUUUUUUUUCUAAAAUGCAUGUUGUAAAAUGUAGUGUUAACAUUCUUCUUUCAACACUUUUGUAGUUAACAAAAUACUUUUGAAAAACAUGAAAAUCAAUCCAUGAUUUUAAAAUUGAUUUUUAUGUAGAUUUUAACACUCAGCAAAAUGUGUAGGGCCUCAGAUGUAGAAUAAAAAAUAAUGUACAGUCCAUAAA